GUUAUUAGUGAAAUGUUUCAUCAAAACGAAAGUAGAAAUUUACUUUCACUUUAAGCCACAACAAAAACACGUGCACAGGACCAAGAUGACUUCAAAUGAGAUUUUGUUGACGAGUGAAACAUCUGGACAGCUCUGGAAUGUCUGUGUGUGGGAUAUGGAGUCGGGAACCAGUGUUGUGACGUUUAAAGGGGGAACAAGUGCCCCUCACGGAGUGGGGGUGUUAGAUCAACAGUACUUAGUCAGUGCUUCCCCCACCAAGCCAGUAUUAUCAUUAUGGCCGCUUCACAAGAGGGAUACCACAUGUUCCAAGAUGGUUUGUCCUGGCAAUGUAACGGCGCUGGAGAUUACCGAGGAUGGGGCUUACAUUGUGGCAGCCAUUACAGAAAAAAUUUAUGUCUGGCAGGUAUGCACUGGACGACUGCUGAGUAUACUGAGCAGACAUUAUCAAACCAUCACUUGUCUGAAGAGUUCAUCUGGUUUGAUUGUAUCUGGGGGAGAGGACAGUUUAGUUAUUGUUUGGUCACUCGCAAAAGCCCUUUGUGAACAACUAGAACACAGAGCCCCGGUGACACCUGAACGGGUGUGGUCGAGCCACUCCCUACCGGUCACUGACCUUCACCUGGGGGUUGGGGGACACCUGUCCAGAGUGGUCUCCUCCUCCCUGGACCAGACUUGUCGUCUCUUUGAUGUCAACAGUGGAGAGCUGUUGUGUACGUUUGUGUUCGAGGUCGGCAUCUGCUCCGUUGUUCUGGACCCGGCCGAGUUCCGAUUGUUUGCUGGGAGCAGUUCUGGGUCAAUUUAUGCUGUCAAUCUAUUUGAAACACCGGUGAGGAGGGAGAGGCACAUCACAGACAAAAAAGAGGACCAGUCCUGUCAGAGAUUUGAUGGCCAUGAAAAACAGGUGACCUGUCUGUGUGUGACAAUGGAUGGGUGUCAGCUGGUGUCCGGGUCACAUGAUCACAAGGUUAAAAUCUGGGACAUCUUCAGUGGACAGUGUUUGAGGACAAUAGAACACAAAGGGCCAGUAACCAAUGCCAAACUGACAAUGGCACCCCCAGGUAUAGUGAAUCCAGACGUAAAGUACAAGCUCCCUCUCCAGCCUCUACAGAGGGUGUUCCAUGCAGACUCACAGGAAGAGGGUGGUCACGCCUCACUGAACAUCCUCCUUCAUGGAGAGAACGAUGAACCAGAGAAAGAAGAGGAUAUACUUAAACCUGACUCUGACAUACAGAUGGAUUUUAAACACAGAUCAAAAGACAUUGAGAACAUGGAUACUAAUGAAUCUGUGACCCUGGAUAUUCCUGUACCUGUAAUGACUACCAUUGUGUCAAACUCAUCAGAACUUACCAAACUCAAAAAUGCUAAUAAGGAGUUAUUUCAUUUUGCUGUCAGUACUCUUUUACAGAACAAGGACAAAUAAACUUUUUAUUUUA